AUGCCUCAGCCAACACCAAAAAUCUGCAGUGUCUCACUCUCUGCAGUGCAGGCUGCAGCUGCUCAUUGCCUUUUUGCUGGGUUGAUCCCAGCCGUUGUUUUCAGCUACACUUUUUUCUCUUACGAUUCUGUCAUCGAUAUCGAUCUGAUUAUGGAUGAGCAAUUGGUCCUUGCGUCCACGCCUGCAGACGGCGUACGCGUCCUCGCGUUAAACAGACCCUCCAAGCGAAACGCCCUCUCGCAGGAGCUCAUUACCGUGUUUCUGGAACAGCUGAACACGGCGUCCAGGGACGAUGGCGUGCGAGUCAUUGUCAUCACCAGCAGCUCUUCUUUCUUCUGCGCGGGAGCUGAUAUCGGGGAGAUCUCACGGCUCGAUGCGGAAGACGCGCGGGGCUGCCGCUAUCUGGCGGACCUUUGCUCGGGGAUGCAGGCCGUGCGCAAGCCCUUGAUAGCUGCUGUUGAGGGAAUGGCGCUCGGAGGGGGCUUUGAGCUUGCUCUCAUGUGUGACCUGAUCUUUUCCGCGGACGGAAGCCACUUCGGUCUUCCAGAAGUGAAGAUUGGUCUCAUCCCUGGCGCUGGUGGUACACAGCGUCUGACCAACGCCGUAGGAAAGUACAAGGCCAUGCAGAUGAUCCUCCUUGGCCAGCCCAUAUCAGCGGAGGAGGCCCGGUCCGUGGGUCUUGUCGCGCAGCUGUAUGAGAGCGGCAAAGUCCUCGAGCACGUUAUGAAGGAUCAUGCAUCGACGCUUGCGGCCCUGAGCCCCACGGCGCUGGGCUUGGCUAAAGAGGCUAUUUGUAGAUCUGAUGAUUUGGGGGCCGAUCAUGAGUUUGAGAGGAGUUUGUAUUACUUUGCGUUUGGGACGGGGGAUAAGCGAGAGGGUGUCAAGGCGUUCUUGGAGAAGAGGAAGCCAGAAUGGGGGCCUAGGUAACUGUACGCGUUGGUCCUUCUGUAAAGUGGAAGUAUAUGCAUGACGCGGUGAUGAUAGUUAACGUUCAAAGUGUAUGCUUCUGUUGAGAGAUAUCAUUGGUGCGCGGCAUAUGCCUGUAUUCUCUUGGAAGAUCCCGUGCUGCCAAGCUUUGCUGUCAGUUGACGAUAUUGUCGAUCAUUGAUUAUCAAUCGUCCAGUCUGGUUGGCCCCAGUCGAAUCUCAUUGCUCAGCUCUCACAUUUUCAGACUCGGCAUUGAGGUUGCCAACC